AUGCCUGAAGGUUCAGCAGCAACAGCUGCUCUUGCUGCUGCUGCUGCAGCAACAGCAGCAGAGGCCGCUGAGCCAGCUGCCGCCCUGCUAGCGCAACAGCAACAGCAGGAACAGCAGCAGCCGCUGCUGCAGCAGCAACAGCGGAUGCAGGUUCACAACGAAGGGCAGUUAAUGUCCCUGAUGCUGCAGCAGCAGCAGCAGCAACAGCAACAGCAGCAGCAGCAAUGCCAGCAGCAUGCACAGGAUGAGCCUAUGGAGUUGAUAGGGGAGCAGCAGCAGCAACAGCAGCAGCACUUUGAAAGAGGAUCUGCAGCUCGGCAGCAUUUAUUGCGGCUGCAGCAGGAAUUGGAGAGGCAUGAACAGCAGCAGCAGCAACAACAGCAGCAGCAGCAGCAGCAAUGCAAACUGCAGCAGCUGCCGCUGCAAACCUGGAGAGAGGUUGAGCAUCUCUUCACCACUCGCGGUGUACAGCUGGCCGAUCUAGCGCGUAAGACAGCAGCAGCAGAAGCAGCAGCAGCAGCAGCUGCUGCUGCUGCUACUGCUUCUGGAAGCGAAGACAAAACCACUCCUCCUUCCCCCACCGAAGCAGCAGCAGCAGCAGCAGCAGCAGCAGAGUCUCCGGCUGAGGACGCAGCAGCAGAAUCUCCAUCUGCAGCAGCAGAAUCUCCAUCUGCAGCAGCAGAAUCUCCAUCUGCAGCAGCAUCAGCAGCAGGGGCAUCCACCUCCGCAGCAGCAGCGGCAGCAGCAGCAGCAGCAGCGGAGGCAGCAGCAGCAGCAGCAGCAGCAGCAGCAGCAGUUCCUGAAGGCGUAGAUGAGUUGCUGUUUGAUGGAUUACCGAAGCAAAGCCUUCUUCUUGAUCCGCUGCUGCUUCCUGUGGGGUUGCUGCAGCAGGAGCAGCUGCCGCUUCCUCUCCCUUCGUUUCCUUCUUCUAGGCUGCUGCUGCUGCAGCGGCGCUGGCUGCUGCAGCAACACCAGCAGCAACAGCAGCAGCAGCAGCAGCAGGAACAGCAGCAGCAACAACAACAGCAGCAGCAACAGCAACAGAAGCAGCAGCAGCAGCAACAGCAGCAGCAGCGGCUGCUGCUGCAGCAGGAUAUAUUGGGAGAGGAAGGAGACAGCGGAGAGGAGACACCUCAGCGACACGAAUUAUUUGACCCGGACUCAAGGGUUUUGCUGCAGCUGCUGCAGCAACACGCAACCCCAGAGGGUGUAGAAGAAGCUCAGCCUCUGAAUGAGGAGUGGAGGGUCCCUCCUUUUUUGCUGCAGCGGUACUUGGCGUUUGAGCCGCUGCAGCAGCUGCCAGCAGCUGCAGCAGCAGCAGCAGCAGCAGCAGCAGGAGGCAGCAACUUCUCGCAGCAGCUAGAGCAGCUGCAUCGCGGCUUCCAGCAGCUGCAGCCGCCGCCCCCUCCACAAAUUAUAAAUAUCCAAACCCCGCAUAUGAAGAGACAUGCAGCAAAAGUACUUAAAGUGCAUGCAUUGCUGCAGCAGCAGCAGCAGCAGCAGCAACAGCAGCAACAAGAAGGGCAGCAACAUCCAGAGCAGCAGCAGCAACAGGGGGCGCUGCAGCAUGAUCCAGCAGACGAAGCACUGUGUAUCAGCAGCAGCAGCAACAACAACAGCAGCAACAGCAGCAGCAGUAGCAGCAGCAGCAGCAGCAGCAGGUGCAGUUUGUUUGAGUCUGUGAGCAGUUACUUGCGUUUUUAUUUAUUAGCAGGAUACAGGCUGCCUCAGCAUGAAGAAGUUGCUGCAGCAACAAUAGUUCAAGAGUUGAGGGAUUGGCAGGCUUUGCUGCCACCGCCGCUGCUGCUGCUGCUGCAGCGCCAGGAGCAGCAGCAGCAGCAGCAGCAGCAGCAGCAGCUGGAGCAACACCUGCAGCAGCAGAACCAGCAGCAGCAACAGCAGUUGGUGCUGCUGCAGCAGCAGCAACGUCGGCUGAGUCGCGUUGCAUGCAAAUUGAGUUGGGCACCUCCUCUUGAAGCAUCUCCUAUUGGAGAGCAGCAGCUGUCUCUGCUGCUGCAGCAGCUAACAGCUUCCAGGUGUCUCCUCGCUUUGAGAGCACUCCGCAACACAAGACUAGACAGACAAACAGCUAUCUAUAAUGUCUACCCUCAGCAGCAGCAGCAGCAGCAGCAGCAGCAGCAGCAGCAGAACCCGUGCUGCUGCGGCACCCCCGAGCCUUGUUACACCCGAACAAUUGCACUCAGCAGCAGCAACAGCAGCAGCAAUAACAGCAACAGCAGCAGCAGCAGCAGCAGCAGCAGCAGCAGCAACAGCAGCAGCAGCAACAGCAGCAGCAGCAGCAGCAACGACGUGGAGUUGGUGUUUUCUGUUGCAGUGUUUGAUGCUGAGAGAGGGGGGAUGGUUUGCUGCAGCUUUGAGCUGUCUGGUAGACAGACCCUCGCUGAUCUCCGCGCUGCAAUGUUCGGCUGCUGCAGCAAAGAGACAACCAGCAGCAGCAGCAGCAGCAACAGCAGCAGCAGCAGCAGCAGCAGGUUUGGAGGUAGUUGCUUCUUGCUAGGGGGUGUUUUAUUUGCUGAUGGAGACACUAGAGACAGUCUUGAACAAUAUGCGGUUUUAAUUAAAACGCAUUUACAGGGGACGGGUAGACUAAAGAAAGAUAAAGAAGGUAAGGAAGGCAUAAUAUUGCUGCAGCAGCAAGCGCCGCUGCAGCAGCUGCUGCAGCAGCAGCUGCUGCAGUUUGGAGACAGUAGCAGCAACUGCUUCCUUCAUUGCGGUGGCUGUACACAUCGUGUGCUGCUGAUGGGUGUACGAGAACUAGAUAAAAGAAGAGACUGCACAUACACCCCAAAUUUGCUGCUGCGGCGCUGCUUCAUUCCUUUGUUAAAACCGCAGCAGUGCCAAGCCUGCUGCAGCGCCUCAGCAGCAAAAGCAAUCGCUAGCAGCAUCUGCUGCAGCGUCUUCAACCCCACUCUUCUGUGCAAUGCAUGCGCCGCUAUACCCUUCCCUCAUAUCACCAACAGCAGCAGCAGCAGCAGCAGCAGCAGCAACAGCAGCAGCAGCAGCAGCAGCAACAACAGCAGCAGCGGGUGGUUUGCUGACGUAGACCCGUUCGCUGUUUACUUCGAUUUACACGGAAGCGCCAUUGAUAACCAGUAA